UAAAAUGGACAAUUUUCCCUAAUUACACAUCUUCUGCUCCGUCCGGCGACCUCCAACGCCGUUCUUGUCGGCGCGGUCAUGUGAAGUUCUGGUUCACCAUGACGGCGCUUUUGAGGUCGUGGGCGUGCUCGGAAAGCGAUACUUGUUAGGAUACUCAUUGAGAUCGUCAAGGGUUUCAUCAAUUGUCUCGAGACAAUCGUGAAGCGUGGUCUUUUCGCCCUUCGUGAGGUUCUUCAAAGUAUGAGCUUCUGUAUUCUGAAGAAGUUGUGCUCUACGGCGGUGAUGAUGGCGAUGGUUAUAUGGCGGAUAAGCAUAAUUCGGGGUAGAAUGUGGAGCUACACGAGGAUUUGACAAUGGAAUGAGUUGGAGAGGCUUCGAUGUCUUCGGCAUCGGAGUUUUUCAACAAUGCCAAUCAAGGCGACGACGAGGAGGACGGAUGGAAGGAACUGGGUGAUUUAAGUGAGGAUAGAGAAUGGGAAGGAAAGGGCGACGAGAUGUUUGGAUAUGCAAGUGGAGCUUGUGUUAAAUGCUUCUCGUCGAUUUCGAUAUACCUUGGAAUUGAAUAAGGAAGAAGAGAAGCAACAAACAAUAAGGAAGAUUAGAGCACAUGCAAAAGUCAUACGAGCGGUUUAUCUUUUCCAAGCAGCUGAGAAACAAGUAAAUGGAACUCCAAAGUUACCUCCAAUUCCAACCGGUCAUUAUGAUAUUGGACAAGAGGCACUUGCAUCAUUGACAAGAAAACAUGAUUUGUCCGCUUUGCAGCAAUAUGGAGGGGUAAAAGGACUGGAAGAUAAGUUAAAGACAAAUCUAGAAAAGGGAAUCCCUGGUCAUGACGAUGAUAUAUUAGAGAGAAAAGAAGUAUUUGGAUCCAACACAUAUCCUCGGGAAAAAGGACGGAGUUUUUGGAGGUUUCUUUGGGAAGCUUGCCAUGAUACAACCCUGAUUAUUUUGAUGAUUGCCGGAGCUGUUUCUUUAGGGCUUGGUGUAAAGACACAGGAAGGAUGGUACGAUGGAGGGAGUAUCACAUUAGCGGUCAUCAUUGUUAUAAUCAUUACAGCUACAAGUAAUUAUAGAGAAUACCGUCAAUUCCAAGCUUUAAGCAAGGAGAAGCAGAAUAUGCACUCGGAGGUCAAUAGAGGUGGUAGAAGAGUUGAGGUUUCAAUAUUUGAUCUUGUUGUUGGCGAUGUGGUGCAUCUUAAAACUGGUGAUCAGGUACCUACAGAUGGAAUUUUAAUUUUUGGUCACUCUCUUGCAAUUGAUGAAUUGAGCAUGACUGGGGGGAGCAAGAUUGUUGACAAGCAUGCGAAGGCACCAUUUCUAAUGUCUGGCUACAAAGUUGCAUAUGGCUAUGGCUUUAUGCUGGUAACAAGUGUUGGAAUAAAUACAGAAUGGGGGUUGCGAAUGGCAAGUCUUUCAGAAGAUACUGGUGAAGAAACACCAUUGCAGGUACGUUUAAAUGGAGUUUCAAAAUUGAUUGGUGUCAUUGGACUGGCAGUAGCUUUCUAUGUUUCGUAUGCCCGUCUUAUCAGAUACUUUACUGGGCAUACCAAAAAUCUGGAUGGAAGUGUUCAAUUUGUUGCUGGCAGGACUAAAAUUGGUGACGCCAUAAUCAUUGUUACAGAAAUAAUUGUGAUUGUUAGACUGCCUGAGGGGCUUCCCUUAGCUGUUACAUUAACACUUGCCUACUCAGUGAGAAAAAUGAUGGCAGACAAGGCCUUGGUCAGGAGGCUUUCUGCUUUUGAAACCAUGGGUUCUGCAACUACAAUUUGUAGCGAUAAAACUGGGACCUUGACUUUGAAUCAGAUGACUGUGGUGGAGGCCUAUGUUGGUGGGAGUAAAAUUGACUCUCCGAACGAUAGGUCGCGGUUGCCCCCUACCGUUAAAUCGCUGCUUAUUGAAGGUGUAGCACAGAAUACAACUGGGAGUGUCUUUAUGACUGAGGGCGAUGGAGAUGUGGAGCUUUCUGGAUCACCAACAGAAAAGGCCAUUCUCCAGUGGGGGGUCAAUCUUGGAAUGAUUUUUGAUGCUGUCAGAUCAGAGUCUUCAAUUGUCCAUGUUUUCCCCUUCAACUCAGAGAAAAAACGAGGGGGCGUUGCACUUAAACUGCCUGAAUCUGAAGUUCAUAUUCAUUGGAAAGGUGCUGCGGAAAUAGUUUUGGCUUCGUGUACAAGAUACAUUGAUUUAAAUGAUAGUGUUGUUCCAAUGGAUGAUGAUAAGAUGAUUUUAUUUAAAAAUGCUAUUGAAGAUAUGGCUGCUCGAAGUUUGCGUUGUGUUGCUAUUGCUUAUAGAUCAUACGAAGUGGAAAAAGUUCCAACUGAUGAUGAAGAACUGACUAAAUGGAAAAUACCUGACGAUGACCUUGUGUUGUUAACUAUUGUUGGUUUGAAGGAUCCUUGUCGGCCUGGUGUGAGAGAUGCAGUUAAAUUAUGCACCGAUGGUGGUGUUAAGGUACGGAUGGUCACUGGUGACAAUCUUCAGACAGCUAGAGCAAUUGCUCUAGAAUGCGGGAUACUGGGGUCAGAUGCAGAUGCUACUGAGCCAAAUCUCAUUGAAGGGAAGGCAUUUCGUGCCUUGUCAGAAGUGCAAAGACUAGAUACAGCUGAGAAGAUAUCGGUAAUGGGAAGGUCUUCUCCUAACGACAAGUUCUUGCUUGUGCAAGCAUUGAGGAAAAGGGGACAUGUUGUUGCUGUAACUGGUGAUGGCACUAAUGAUGCCCCUGCACUACAUGAGGCCGAUAUUGGUCUUGCCAUGGGUAUCCAAGGAACGGAAGUAGCCAAAGAGAGCUCAGGCAUCAUUAUAUUGGAUGACAAUUUUGCUUCCGUUGUAAAGGUUGUUCGAUGGGGCCGAUCUGUUUAUGCAAAUAUUAAAAAAUUCAUUCAGUUUCAGCUCACAGUUAAUGUUGCUGCUCUAAUAAUUAAUGUCGUGGCUGCAGUUUCCUCUGGUGAUGCCCCCUUAAACACAGUGCAGUUUCUUUGGGUUAACCUUAUUAUGGAUACUCUUGGAGCGCUAGCGCUGGCUACUGAACCACCAACGGAUCACCUGAUGCACAGGCCUCCAGUGGGUCGGAGGGAACCUCUGAUAACAAAUAUCAUGUGGAUGAACUUACUAAUACAGGCUUUAUAUCAAGUGACUGUCCUGCUUAUUCUCAACUUUCGAGGUAAAAGCCUCCUUGGUUUAGAGCAUAAAGACCGUGUGUAUGCCAACAAAGUGAAGAAUACACUGAUAUUCAAUGCUUUUGUCCUUUGUCAGAUUUUCAAUGAGUUCAAUGCUCGGAAGCCUGACGAACGUAAUGUAUUCAAAGGAGUUACUAAAAACCGUCUCUUCAUGGGGAUAGUGGGCCUAACUCUUGUGCUUCAGGUCAUGAUAAUCAUGUUCCUUGGAAAAUUUACCUCAACAGUUAGGCUUUGCUGGAAACUGUGGUUUGUUUCCAUUGCAAUUGGCAUUAUCAGUUGGCCUCUUGCGGUGCUUGGGAAAUUAUUACCUGUCCCAGAGACGCCCUUCAGUGAACUUAUCAUGAAAAAUAUCAUAAGAAAAAUCUGGCGACCAAGAUUUAUCGUGAGAAAAAUGCGGCGACGAAGAUCUUCUCAAGGUUUGGUCAAUAGAAGGAAUGAGGAUGCUGAAUGACUUCAACAUGUUAAACAUCCAACUUUUGCUCUGCAGUUUUUGGUUUUUUUUUUUUUUUUUUUUGUUAAUU